UAUAUGAUGGUCCCUUGGCUUUGAAGCCAAGAGAAUUUUGAUGGUUACAUGCCCGGCAUGCAAAGCUUAAUGUAGACGUUCUCUCGGUUAAGCACUGAUCCCUGCAAUCAAGGGCCAAGGCAUUCUGUUUCGGAAGAAGAAUGGCAUCCCUCGUACCAGGAGUUCUACUGAAGCUUCUCCAAAGUAUGAACUCUAAUGUGAAAGUUCGCGGGGAAUAUCGCUCAGUCCUUCUGCAGGUGAUCAGCAUCGUACCCGCAUUAUCUGGGUCUGAAUUAUGGCCUAACCAAGGUUUCUUCAUUAAAGUCUCCGACUCUUCUCAUUCAACCUAUGUCUCACUCUCAAAGGAAGACAACGAGCUCAUCCUGAAUAAUAAGCUGCAGCUUGGCCAAUUCUUUUAUGUGGAUAGAAUCGAGUCAGGUACACCUGUCCCUAUUCUCAUUGGGGUUAGACCACUCCCUGGACGCCACCCUUUUGAAGGCAAUCCUAAGGAUUUGAUGCACAUGUUAGAUCAAUCACAGCACCCUCAUAAUCAUGCAAAGUCCAUGAAUUUAAUAGAAGCCAAAGAGAAUCCAAGCUCAAGGCACAAGAUUGUUAUUAAAGAGGAAAAAGUUGGUGUUGCAUCCAGGUACAUGCAAGGUGUUCUAAAUUCAAACUCAAGAAUGAACGGGCCAGAUACUAAUAUAGGAAUCAAAGGAAAUGAUUUAGAAAAUGGUGUAGAUGGUAAAAAGAUGGGAUAUACGAAAGGAAAGCAACUAGAGAUCAAAGGUCAGGUGCAACCAAUGACACCAACUGAUACUCGACUUGAAGCACUUUCACCUAAGCAGGACGUCGCUCAAUCUAACAUCCGGGAGACUGUCAUAGCACCUAAUAAGCGCAUUUCUGUCAAACAAAGUUCUACCAAACAGGAAAAUUUGAACACAAAUUUGUUGUCUCGUGGUAAAGAUAAAAGCAAUAGCACUGAGGCAAUUCCAUGGUCGUCUUUGCCAGCCAAGCUUAUGAGGCCCGGAAAGGGUAUUCUUAGAAGGAAACAUCUAGCCUCUCUGGUUAUCGUAGAAGCCCAAAAAGAAGCAUCUGCAGCAACAACGAUAGUUAAAUGCCUAAGUAUGUUCGCCAAUAUCUGCUCUUCUGCAUCAUCAGAGAACCCUCAUGGCACACUGAACAAAUUUUUUGCUCUCCAACAGCUCAUAGACCAGCCAAAUGGUACAACUCAGUUGAAAGAUAAACCACUUGAACUAGACAAAAUUCCAACUUCCGCAGAAAAACAAAAAUGGGGCAAGACAGCAGGUUUAACGCCUGUUAAAAGCACGUCAAAGUCUCCAAAAUCCUUGACCGAACUAUCAGGGACUGAGAAGCAAGAAUGGGCCAAAGGGGAUGGCAUGAAAGAGAUCAAUGAGCUGAGAGAGGUGUUUUUAAAUGAAACAAGAUCAUGGUUUCUGAUGUACUUGGAAAAGACAUUAGAUGCUGGGUUUUCCGUUGCUUCCCAAGAGAAGGGCAAGGAUAUUGCAGGGAGACAAAUGGAGCAAGCCAACCAUAUAGCUCUCACGUUGUCACAUCUUAAGCAUGCAAACGAUUGGCUGGACAAACUAAGAUGCUAUUCCAACACAGAGAGUGAAGGGCUGGUGGAGACUGUUGACAGAUUGAAGCAAAAAGUAUACUCUUGUUUGCUUGUACAUGUUGAUUCUGCUGCAUUAGCUUUGGAGAACCGAGCUUGAUUCUAGACCAAGAAACUAUUUCACAACAUAACUCUAAUGCUAUUUAUUUAGUUAAAUGUGGUUGAGCCAAACAUUGAUAAUUGUAGGUUGGACUGCUCUGUUCCUAUAGUGCAAUGUGAUCUAUGAUGUUAUUUGUACCCAUAAAAUACAGUAAAUAAAGGAACUGACUUGAUGUUAAAUUUCAA